GGAAAUGGUGUUAAAAGAAAUAAACUGAAAGCUGUAAGUCAAGGGUUUGAUUAUCUUUAGCUGCCACAUGUGCUUUGUUUUGUAUACAGCUCUCUGAUUUUGCUCGGAAGUUCCCCAUCUCUUUAGUCCUGGCUGCAGCUCUGCUCCAGAGCUUGGAGCUGUGAUGUGAUAAGAAGAAUUUAUCUGCUUCCACAUCUAUCCAAGAUGUGGCUGGAGCCUCAGGCCAUUCCCUACUUAUUUUCUUUGUAACUUUCCCUGGAUUAAUUAGGGGAUCUCAUUGACCAGCAAUGGCAACAAAACUAUCACCCUGUCAAGGAGAAAAGGAAAAGCACUAAAAUGGCUUCACUAUUAAAUGCAGGUAAAUAAUUGAGAUGCAGGCAUAGUUCUUAAGCCAGUUGCAUCUUUGCUAGUCUGUACCUUCUUAGCUGCCAAAACAUCUUCCAGAUCAGUUGGAUUUCAUUUAGUUGCUGUAAGCCUUUUAUGGCUCGGUGUAUAGUGUCCUUGCAUCUGUAGAAACCAACUGUGCUAGAUGAGCAUACAGUGUGUAUUGCCUCCGCCUAAGAUGAGAAAUGCACUGAAAUUAAAGCUCAGAAGAGACCAGAGAAGAAAACUGCAUGUAACCAAAUUGUUGGUUACUCAAUAAAGUGCUUGGGGGUGGAGAGAAGGGGUGAAAUGUUUCCAUCUAAGAUUAGAGUCCAAGAACAGAGCGGUUAGAUAGAUAAUAAAAUUACUGAUAAAAAGUAAAUGGCCUUUAUACCUGUAGGGGCAUUGACCAGUCAACCAAGCUGAGGUGGCAGCUGGCUGGCACCAGAGAAGUGUUUGCUCUUUAUAUAGUGUGCAUCACAAACCCCUCUACAGCAGAUGGCUCUCGCUGGCCAUGUCGUUGCCUGAGAGACUUAAGUACUAAAUAAACUGAAGAAGCUGAAGCCUCCUCUCUCUGCCUCCCAAGGUACCAAGAUAAAGAAGAAGUUGUUUUAUGGAUGAAUACAGUAGGACCCUACCACAAUCGCCAGGAGACGUACAAAUACUUCUCUCUCCCUUUCUGUGUGGGAUCAAAAAAAAGCAUCAGCCAUUACCAUGAAACCCUAGGAGAAGCACUGCAAGGAGUUGAAUUGGAAUUUAGUGGUCUUGACAUAAAAUUUAAAGAUGAUGUAAUGCAGACCACGUACUGUGAAAUUGACUUGGACAAAGGAAGAAGAGACGCGUUUGUGUAUGCUAUCAAAAAUCACUAUUGGUACCAGAUGUAUAUCGAUGACUUGCCGAUAUGGGGUAUUGUUGGAGAAGCAGAUGAAAAUGGGGAAGAUUAUUAUCUUUGGACUUACAAAAAACUUGAAAUUGGUUACAAUGGAAAUAGAAUUGUGGAUGUGAAUCUGACCAGUGAAGGAAAGGUGAAAUUGGUACCAAACACAAAAAUCCAGAUGUCAUAUUCAGUGAAAUGGAAGAAGUCGGAUGUGAAGUUUGAAGACCGAUUUGACAAGUACCUUGACCCAUCGUUCUUUCAACACAGAAUUCACUGGUUUUCAAUUUUUAAUUCUUUCAUGAUGGUGAUCUUUCUGGUUGGCCUAGUGUCUAUGAUAUUAAUGAGAACUUUGCGAAAAGAUUAUGCAAGAUACAGUAAAGAGGAAGAAAUGGACGAUAUGGACAGAGAUCUAGGUGAUGAGUACGGGUGGAAGCAGGUCCAUGGAGAUGUUUUUAGACCAUCCAGUCAUCCUUUAAUAUUUUCAUCGCUUAUUGGUUCUGGUUGUCAGAUUUUUGCUGUCUCUCUCAUAGUCAUUGUUGUUGCAAUGAUAGAGGAUUUAUACACAGAGAGAGGAUCAAUGCUUAGUACAGCUAUAUUUGUUUAUGCUGCAACAUCCCCAGUGAAUGGAUAUUUUGGAGGAAGCCUUUAUGCUAGACAAGGAGGAAGGCGAUGGAUAAAGCAGAUGUUCAUUGGGGCUUUCCUUAUUCCAGCAAUGGUGUGUGGCACUGCCUUCUUCAUUAACUUCAUUGCCAUCUAUUAUCAUGCUUCAAGAGCUAUACCCUUUGGAACAAUGGUGGCAGUGUGCUGUAUUUGCUUCUUUGUUAUUCUUCCAUUGAACCUGGUUGGUACAAUUCUUGGCCGAAAUCUGUCAGGACAGCCUAAUUUUCCAUGUCGUGUCAAUGCAGUUCCUCGUCCCAUACCAGAGAAAAAAUGGUUCAUGGAACCAGCGGUUAUUGUUUGCCUAGGUGGAAUCCUCCCUUUUGGAUCAAUUUUUAUUGAAAUGUAUUUCAUUUUUACUUCAUUCUGGGCUUACAAGAUCUACUAUGUUUAUGGCUUUAUGAUGUUGGUUCUGGUUAUCCUCUGCAUUGUGACAGUUUGCGUGACUAUCGUUUGUACAUAUUUCCUGCUAAAUGCAGAGGAUUACAGGUGGCAAUGGACAAGCUUUCUUUCUGCUGCGUCAACUGCGAUAUAUGUUUACACGUACUCCUUUUACUACUACUUUUUCAAGACAAAGAUGUAUGGCUUGUUUCAAACAUCGUUUUACUUUGGUUAUAUGGCAGUAUUUAGCACAGCUUUGGGGAUUAUGUGCGGAGCUAUUGGUUACAUGGGAACAAGUGCCUUUGUUCGUAAAAUCUACACUAAUGUGAAAAUUGACUAAGGAAAUAAGAAAAUUGAACUAUGGAUCAGUUUCUGUUUUCAUGGGGAUGAACUUGCACAGCAAAAAGCGCGAGAAGAGAUUUGGGUUUUAACACUGGGCACUAUAUGGGUCUCCGUUUUGUGGAUGGCUUAAAGUAACAUCUAUUUCAUUGAUCCUAGGUUCUUACUGACUGCUUUCUCCAACUGUUCACAGCAAAUGCUUGGAUUAUAUGCAGUAGGCAUUACUACAGUACGUGGCUAAUCUUCCCAAAAAAAAAAAAAAAACAAACACCUAGCUCAUUAAAGAUGAAUAGACUAGCUCUCUUCAGUGAAGAGGACAAAAGGUUUAUUUAAAGCAUUUGUUCCAUUCAAUAAAAAGAGGGAAACUUGGCUGCUAAAACUACUUGAUUAGUAGUCUUCCUGGUACUUAACAUUUCUAAAUUAUGUAAAAAUGCUGUUCCAGAAAGAUUACUUUUCUGAUUUUUACUGCCAUUGUCAGGAUAAGGAGGUAUGUUUUAUAUUUUGACUCCAGGUGCUUUUUGGUUUAUUUGCAAUAUCAACUAUACCCUACACUCAUUUGUUUAGAAAAGUAAUUUAAAAAUAUAUAAAAAAACCCCACAUGCAUGUAAUAUAUCAGCUGUCAGUCUAGUUGGACCAACUUUCCUUUAUUUAUCUUUAAAAUAAUAUCCAGCUACAUCUUAAAUCCAUCCAAAGAAAAUACAGUCUGAAAACAGGAUGUGUUCUCUGCAAUGCAAUUUACUGUACAGUUAGAAAGCAAAACGUUAAAUGAAGAGGAUUUUGUUUGUUUUUAAUAAACAUUGAGGUCUAGAUUAAAACAAAACCAACAUUUUAACUGAAUGUCUAAAGUGAUUCUCCUUUUUUCCAAGUUAGUCUUGCUUUUUUUGUUUGUUUUUUUUUGUUUGGGUUUGAAUGAAGAUUUUCCUUUAGACAUUAUACAGGGGUAAUAAGUGUAUAUAACAUUAAAUAAUGUAACUUAGGUGUAGAUCCCAAAUGUAUUUGGAUGUACAGAUUUACUACAGAGUACUUUUCUGAUUCGGUGUACAAAUGUGUGAAUUGGGUGGCUUUUUACAUCUUGCCUGCCGUUGCAUGAAAAGUUGGGGUUUCUUCACGAUGUGUGUAUGUCAUGCUUUUCUGUUCUAUUUCUUUUCUGAAGCUCUUACAGGAAUUAAAUUUGUAAUUUAGAACAUUUUAAUUUUUGUUAAUCCUAUCUGGACACUUGUGUAACAUCAAAAGCAGUUGCUUUAGAGUGUUCAGAAAACUAAAAUAAACUUUUCGGACAAAAAUG